AUGCAUAUCAAUCCUAUCCUGCUCUUUUCCAUUGUCUCAUUGGGCGUUGCCAGAGAUCCUUUCGACUCUACAAACUCCCCAAAUCGUUCGGAGGUUGAAGGAAUACGACCUGAUUCAUAUUGCCCUAGCCGUGACGCCAAUGUGGAAUACCAACGCGAAAUAUUUGCCCGAUUCGUCCAGACGUUGUACGGCGAGCGGAACGUGUCAGAGGCCUUCAGCACCUAUGUUGACCCUGAUCUGAUUGAGCAUGAUCCCUUUGAUCAAAGCCGUGACGAUGUUGUGGCAAGGCUGUCUCAGAUCAUCCCCGACUCCACUUUUACGGUUGUACACUCAAGUUUUGAGAGCGACACUGGGUUGGUCCACCUCAGACUGGGGGAUGAAGACGCGGAGCCAGUUGCUCUUGCGGACAUAUAUCGCAUGGAUGGGACCUGCAUUGUCGAGCAUUGGGACGUUCUCCAGACUCGCCCGGAGAAUUCCACAAAUCCAAUCGCCAUGUUCUGA